AUGCGGCCCGGCCUCGAACUCGAGACGGCCACGCCGAGGAAGGUAUUGAAUGCGUUGCAGAACGAAAACAACAAGAACGCUAUCAAGCCUGUCGACCGCGCUGCUGUUUUCCCCAGCAUACGAAACAUGGCCAACCGCUCUACGGCAAGUGCUUCGACCACCAAUGGCCCGGAUUUCAUCAGCAAGGGGGUCAAGCGACCGUCCACUGCGGAAUCUGCUGCAGGAACACCCCGAAAGCGAUCGACAAACGCUGGAAACGAUGCGGCUCUAAGAGCUUCGGCCAGCAAGGGCCCGGCUUCUGAGAGAAAGAAAAAGACGAACAAACGAUCGUCCGCCACGGGAGCUGCUGAAGGAGAAGUCCCGAAACGAAAGGCGGCUUAUUUCUUGGCAGGCAGACGCGAUCGCCGUGAAGAUUUUUUGAAGGGAAUCGAUCUCGGAGGGGACGAAGAUUCGUCGGAAUGGAAGCUGCCGGAAGACGACAAGAUCGUGCCCGCCGGCCUCGUGCGGAAGCCGUGGGUGUCACUGAAGGACGCUGGCCAAACGGCACAUCGCCAGCGACAAGCGGUUCGGUACUCGAAUUUCAAGGCCGGAAGUGACGGCGGAUCCGAGCGGAACGAAUACGAGGUCGAGCAAAUCAUCGCAAUGGCCAAAGACCCAGCCGGGACUCCGCAUUACCUUCUUCUUUGGAAGCACUGGGGACCCAAUGAAGCAACCUGGCAGCUGAAAAGCGACGUCGUCGACACGGCACCAGACCUGUCGAUGCAAUACACGGAACGAAACAAGGCGCUUGAUCAAGUCGUAAAACACCUCACCAAGGACCAAAAAGCCAGCUGCCGACGGUUUGAAUUCACGUACGAUAUGAUUGGUAGAGGACUGGACACGCCCGAGUCGCGGAAGACCUGGAAAAUGCUCCACUUGGAAAAAACGUACAAUGAAGUCCUCUCCGCAGCCGCCCAUCCCCCAGUGUGGGUCGAGAAUUGGACGAAGACGAACGUGCCCUUCGUUCCGCCCGGUCCAUUUCAUUAUAUUACGGCGAACGUCUACUCGGCCGGGGCUACAGCCGCUCUCGAGAAGUUGACUGGUGUCGACCACCAUACCUAUUGCGAAUGUUUCAUCGACGACGGAUCAAGGAGGAUGAGAGGUUCCGGAUUCAAGCCCCGUUGCGUCGACCGCGUCUACCGCAUUCUGCGAACCAGUGGUGAUGCCAUUCAGCAAUGUACAUCCGAUUGCUGUCCAGAUGGUUGCGAUCAACGCGUGCUGACCGAGGAUGGACCGCCGAUCCCGCUCAUCCUAUUCCACGAAGGAGCGAAGGGUUAUGGCGUGCGAACUCCCUUCGACAUCCCAAAAAACGCGUAUGUAGGCGAAUACGUGGGCGAGGUGCUGACCUCCGAGGAAGCAGACCACCCCAGCCGCCGGACGAUCUACCAGCACAACCUUACUGGAACACACGAGGUGCUCGGGAAAGGCCCGUUGGUGAUCGACUCGCAGCACUUUGGCAACAUCACAAGAUUCAUCAACCACUCGUGCGACCCAAACGUCAGCACCCGCCCCGUUAUCUGGAGCCACCACGGCAACUACAACGUGAAGAUGGCCUUCUUCGCCCUGAGGAACAUUGAAGCCGGGGAAGAGCUGACGGCAGCAUUCGUGUCAGACACCGACAAACGGACAAAGUGCACUGUGAGGUGCCUGUGCGGGACGAAGAAUUGCCGAGGCUGGCUGCCGGGGGCUCCGAUCCCGACGGCUGACUCGGGGUCGGCCGCACGAGAA